AUGGGAAGAUGCCCCCAGGAAGAUGCAGGAAGAUGCCCUCAGGAAGAUGCCCCAGGAAGAUGCCCCCAGGAAGAUGCCUUCCCGCCCCUUCAGGAAGUGCCCUCAUGCCCUCAGGAGAUGCCCUCAGGAAGAUGCCCCAGGAAGAUGCCCCAGGAAGAUGUCCCAGGAAGAUGCCCUCAGGAAGAUGCCCUGCCAGCCCUCAGGAAGAUGCCCAGGAAGAUGCCCCAGGAAGAUGCCCAGGAAGAUGCCCUCAGGAAGAGCCCCAGCCCUCAGGAAGAUGCCCUCAGGAAGAUGCCUUCAGGAAGAUGCCCCAGGAAGAUACCCUCAGGAAGAUGCCUUCAGGAAGAUGCCCUCAGGAAGAUGCCCUCAGGAAGAUGCCCUCAGGAAGAUGCCCUCAGGAAGAUGCCCUCAGGAAGAUGCCCCCAGGAAGAUGCCCUCAGGAAGAUGCCCCCAGGAAGAUGCCCCUCAGGAAGAUACCCUCAGGAAGAUGCCUUCAGGAAGAUGCCUCAGGAAAUACCCUCAGGAAGAUGCCUUCAGGAAGAUGCCCUCAGGAAGAUGCCCUCAGGAAGAUGCCCUCAGGAAGAUGCCCUCAGGAAAGAUGCCCCCAGGAGAUACCCUCAGGAAGAUGCCUUCAGGAUCAGGAAGAUACCCUCAGGAGAUGCCUUCAGGAAGAUGCCCAGGAAGAUGCCCUCAGGAAGAUGCCCUCAGGAAGAUGCCCCCAGGAAGAUGCCCUCAGGAAGAUGCCCUCAGGAAGAUGCCCUCAGGAAGAUGCCUCAGGAAGAUGCCCUCAGGAAGAUGCCCUCAGCCCAUGCCCAGGAAGAUGCCCCAGGAAGAUGCCCCAGGAAGAUGCCCCAGGAAGAUGCCCCCAGGAAAGAUGCCCUCAGGAAGAUGCCCUUCAGGAAGAUGCCCUCCCCGGAAGAUGCCUCAGGAAGAUGCCCUCAGGAAGAUGCCGAAGAUGCCUCAGGAAGAUGCCCAGGAAGAUGCAGGAAGAUGCCCUCAGGAAGAUGCCCCCAGGAAGAUGCCCCCAGGAAGAAGAUGCCCCCUCAGGAAGAUGCCCUCAGGAAGAUGCCCCCAGGAAGAUGCCCAGGAAGAUGCCCCAGGAAGAUGCCCUCAGGAAGAUGCCCUGCCCUCAGGAAGAUGCCUGCCCUCAGGAAGAUGCCCCCAGGAAGAUGCCGGAAGAUGCAGGAAGAUGCCCCAGCCCUAGGAAGAUGCCCUCAGGAAGAUGCCCCAGGAAGAUGCCCCAGGAAGAUGCCCCCAGGAAGAUGCCCUCCCUCAGGAAGAUGA